UUAUAGGUGAACACCAGUUCCGGUCAAAUUUGUUUUGAAUUUUAAAAAAAAAAAAAGCUGGAGCGAGAGGUUUUCAGACAUGUCGAUGCUGUUCCCUUCUUUAUUCCCCCGGAUAACCGAGUCCCUGUGGUUCAACCUGGACCGACCCUGUGUGGACGAGACCGAGCUGCACCAGCAGGAGCAGCAGCACCAAACAUGGUUGCAGAGCAUUGCAGAGAAGGACAACAACUUGAUGCCCAUUGGGAAACCUAUUUUUGAGGCAGGAUAUGAAGAGGAGGACGAGGAGGAUGACGAGGAUGAAGAGGACAGCGAGGAAGACUCUGAAGAUGAAGAAGACAUGCAGGACAUGGAUGAGAUGAAUGAUUACAAUGAGUCACCUGAUGAUGGCGAGAUCAAUGAGGUGGACAUGGAGGGAGCAGACCAAGACCAAGAUCAAUGGAUGAUUUAAAACAAAAGACAAUAUUUGUUUCCAUCAAGCUGCCUGGCACUGGAUUUCUGCUCACCACUUAAAACAUGACUGCUGCCCCUUCGGUCUGAGACACACAUUUAUUAUUGUUUUUUAUUUGUGUGAACAGGAAAUAUAUAUAGUUGAGUUAAAGCUUGUACCGUGAUCCAUCCUUCAGAUAACGGUUUUGGGCUCUGGAUGUCAUUGGACAUUGCUGUGAGUGUUGGGCACACAGCUGCGACGGUGUGUAAAAAUAAUGCAUAGAUUUAUGUUUAAGCACCUCUGCACUUGUCAUGUUUUGUCUUCUUUCGUGGCAAUCUCUGAACCUGUUAAAUACCUUUAACCAUUCCAUCCAGUCAAAGCAGUUCCACACAUCUCCAGUGCUGUAAAACACACUACUGUUUUGUCACUGGUUGGGCGCACACCCACAGAAUGGCAGCAAUAGGCAUCAUCCCAGUGAUCUCUCUCAUUCGAACUCUGACCUUGUCAUAUCUUCAGUCAUGUGCCACCUCUCUGAGUCUCAGCUGACUGAGCACAAACUAUGGUUCAGUCAGCGAAAUAAUUUUUUACCUAUAAAGAAGACUGACAGAUACUUACUUCGCCAUAUAGUCAAAUCCUGUUUUAAUGGCAUUGUUGUGUAUGUUGCUAAUCUUUUAUUACAGAAAAAGAUUUCAGAAAAGCUUGUUAAAUACUAUAAAAAGUAUGAAAACACACAGUGGCCAUCCAGAUUGUCUCAUGUUUAUUUUAGAUGAUUGCUUACCAAGGCUUUGAUUAUUUGAAUUAAAAUAAAAUGAGGCCUUGACAGUU